AUGGUAGAUCAGUGUCGUGACACACUACUGCAACUGGGCACUUUCCUAUGGUCUAAUGUUCGAACGGAUGAUUAUGCUCAACGGAUUCCAUCAGCGAUCUCUUUAAUACAAGAUUAUCAUCUUCGUAUCGAUGCUGCCAUGUAUCUCACCAGACCGACUUCCUACGAGGCAACCAAACGAGCAAUGAAAUCGGACAGUGAGAACAAGAAAAUGGAUACUCAGCAAAAGUUUGUGUUCUUCAAGUCCGCAUUCGAUGAAGUGAUCUCAAAAUUAAUAAAGGAGCUUGAACCUUGUAUACCACCGCAUGUUUGUAGAGAUAUCCCCAUAAGGUUAUUCGUUGUAUUUUGGAUGCUUUCCUCGUACGACAUUGAAGUGCCAUCUGCAGCCUAUGAGAGGGCUAUAGAAAACAUUCGACGGCAGAUGAAAGAAGCAGCGGACUCGCCUGUGAUGAGUAAAUCCAAACGAUUAAAAGAAGAUGAGAGAUUGCGUGGCUUGGAAAGUAAGCUGAGAGAUGAAGAAAAGCGACAAGCAGAGCAUGUAGCAGGAUACGGGCUUGGUUCAAUAGCGUCAAGGACGACCUUUUCGAAGCUGGACGUGUACAACAAACUAGUUCUUUCAUACAAACCUGUAUAUUACCGCAUCUAUUCGGCGAAAUUGAUAAUUAUUCUACAUCAGCAACGGAUCACUCUUUUCCAAUCAUUGGUGUUCAUUGAUAAACUUUUCAUCGAUGUCCUGCCACUCAUAUGUGCCUUAACAGAAAACGAAGCGAAUGCCAUAGGCACAUUUCUACAGAUACUCCUGUGUCAUGCUCAACGGUGGCACUCAGACAGUGCAAUUUUCGAGAAGGAAUGUGAUGGGUUCCCCGGCUUGAUAUCGAAGACGCGGCAGGACAAAACAACGGAGAGCGUCAACUACGAAAGUUUCCGGCGAUUGUGCUUCAAAUGGCAGAUGCGGCUAUAUACGGCCUUCAACUCGGUACUUUCAGUGGAAAACAACGAGUAUGUGCAAGUACGGAAUUGCUUAGUGGUAAUGACCAAGCUCGCUCCAUGCUUCCCACUUUUGAAGGACGUGGUGGAAAAUGUCGAGAAAUUGGCUGAGAAAGUUCGAGAUACGGAGAAGGGAAAACGUGAUGAGCUAUCUCUAAAAGCUGCAAGCUAUCUGGUUCGAUUGAAAAUGCGAAAUAUUCCAAUUUAUGAAGCUUCUCAAUUCCACCGUCCUUUGCUAAAACAUCCUGUGAAACAGAACUCGGUAUUGGAACGCAAGCGAGUUGCACCGGCUCCUGGUGUUGAUGCAAAGAAGAAGCUAAAAGUGGAGAAGCCGAAGAGUGUAGAACGAAAAGAACCCGAGAAGAAGGAACCGCCGAAAGAGGAAAAAAGGGAAAAGAAGGAAGAGCCGGCGGUGCUGAAGGAGGUGAAAAAAGAAACUGUCGAGCGUGAGGAGGGCGAAGUCCCGCCAAGUCCGCCUCACAAAAAGCCUCGUGCCCAAUCCGUUGAAAAAUCACCUUCCAAUGGCGGGUCGAAAGAGCGAAAGGAAACGACUGCUACUGCUGUGAAGGCGGUGAAGGAGGAGAAAAAAGAGUUCAAAGAGCCGAAAGAGAAACGAGAAGAGGAAAAGAAAGAAAUGCGGACGAGACGGGACGCAACACCAUCGAGGAAAGAGGAGCCCGCCAGAGAGCUGGACAGGCGGAAGGAAAGAGGUCUUGACGACGAGGAAGUAGUCGGACCAGCGAUGAUCGAAAACGUGACCAAGAAGGCUCAUAAAAGAUCGGCUCGGGAGGAAGAACAGAACGGACAUUCGAAAGUUGCUCGAAAGGAUCGUGAACAGAUCGAGUCAAGAUUAUCCCGACCUUUAUCACAUGAGCGAAGAGGUCCUUCACCUACA